UGCAGAACGCCAUCUUUAAACCCCUCAAGAGGCCAGCUACAGUUGUGCACCGGGAUGAAAAACACUAUCCCUAUAGCGGGAUAUUAGGUCAGAUCGUGGGCAUUGUAUGAUUGUUUCCCGGUGAAGUCAAUAAUAAAGAAGUGUGCGAUGGGACUGUGAGGAGGAGGUCACGGGACACCGCGAAAGCCUUAAAAUGUUGUUACCAUAGGCAGACAACAACAAUAGACGGAAAGACAACAACGGACUAGCUCACUCGCUAGCAGCUUGCCAAGCACUGCGCUGUUUUCAAACGCUAACUGAAGGCUAGCUAGCGUUAGCUACUUCAUUAGCAAAUCAGUCCGGUUGCGGUGAAUUUUGACCGGACGCCGUUCAUAGCUGGGACUGGGUACCCAGCUACAUUUCCCGGGACAGUCUGUCGUUUCUUUGUCACUUUUUAAAACCGUUUUUGUACUAAAAUUUACGCUGUUGCUUUAGCUAGCGACAAGCUAAGUCCCGACUUCUCCCCCUCCCCAGCGGCCCAGCCGGAGAUGCGUGGAAGAUGUCGGUGUCGGGGCUGAAGGCCGAACUGAAGUUUUUGGAGUCCAUUUUUGAUCCAAACCACGAACGAUUCAGGAUAAUUGACUGGAAGCCUGACGAGCUGAGUUGUCAGUUUAAUGUAACUGGGGAAAAGUUGUUAAUUAUCCACUGUAACAUUACGGAGUCUUAUCCAUCUACGCCGCCAAUAUGGUUUGUGGACUCUGACGACCCGAGCUUGGCGCAAGUUUUGGAGAGGCUGGAGGAUGUGCGAAAAGGCAGCACCCUGCUUUUGCAGCAGUUGAAGAAACUCAUUUGUGACCUUUGUCGGCUGUACAACCUUCCCCAGCAUCCUGAUGUGGAGAUGCUGGAUCAGCCCCUGCCUGCAGGCCCUGUGGGACCAGACCGAAAGCAUGGAACAGAGGAGGUAACAUCUGAAGAAGAAGAGGAGGAGGAAAUGGGAGAAGACAUCGAGGAUCUGGACCACUAUGAAAUGAAAGAGGAGGAGCCUGUGGAUGGGAAGAAAUCUGAGGAUGACGGGAUUGAAAAGGAGAAUCUGGCAAUUCUGGAGAAGAUCCGAAAGAACCAGCGACAGGACCACCUAAAUGGAGCUGUGUCUGGUUCAGUGCAAGCCUCUGACCGCCUCAUGAAGGAGCUUAGAGAGAUCUACAGGUCUCAGAGUUACAAGACAGGUAUCUAUUCAGUCGAGCUUGUUAAUGAUAGCCUGUAUGAAUGGCACGUCAAACUAAGGACGGUGGAUCCAGAUAGCCCUUUACACAGCGAUUUACAAGUCCUGAAAGAAAAGGAAGGAAUGGAUUACAUUUUGCUAAACUUCUCAUAUAAAGAUAAUUUCCCCUUUGAUCCACCGUUUGUCCGGGUAGUUUCGCCUGUGCUUUCUGGAGGUUAUGUUCUUGGAGGAGGCGCCCUGUGCAUGGAACUUCUCACCAAACAGGGCUGGAGCAGUGCCUAUUCCAUUGAGUCUGUCAUCAUGCAAAUCAAUGCCACUUUAGUCAAAGGAAAAGCCAGAGUGCAGUUUGGAGCCAAUAAAAACCAGUACAAUCUUGCCAGAGCACAGCAGUCCUACAAAUCCCUGGUUCAGAUCCAUGAAAAGAACGGCUGGUACACACCCCCCAAGGAGGACGGCUAAUACAGACUGUUGCCUUUCCUGCACUGGGACCACAUGUCUUAGAUUUUUUUUUUUUCCUUUUCCUUGCGACCAAUAUUGUUUUUAUCCUGCAAACUAUUUUGCUCUCUACACGACAGUUUGAACUCCAAACCAAAUUCCUCAUUCAGUGACCACCCAAAAACUAGCACAUGAACACAGACAGAGUCACCCCUGCCUGAAAUUUACAUCCAAGCUCAUCAGCUACUUGCAAGAGUGUCCUCUCUUCAGAUAUUUAUCUCUCUGUACAUCUAUUGUCUGAUGCAAUAUGAUUUUUUUUUUUUCUGUUUCGACAUUCAGCCCAUAACUCCAGGAAAUCGGUGGACUAAAUAUUGCGUGGACUCACCAUUUGGUUUUGGCGUUGAGCAUGCCGAGGUUCCCUGCUGGCUAUGAGUUGAAAGGUGCGGCAUGGCUUUAUCCUCCAGCAGUGGCAGUCUGAAGCUCCAGCUGCCAUACACUGCCGGUCUGGCCACUGGUUGGAUCUGAGAAUGACGUGCGAAAUUCCCCGACAUGAUGCAGUGGUAGCUGGGAAGGACAUUUAAACGCUGGUGGUGGGGAAAAACUGGCACCUUUUCUCUCAAUGGAUGGCCUCUAUAAUAUUGUGCUCAUGUAUUACCUUUAUAAUGCCAAGACACCUCCUCUGGAAUAACAAUGCUUCUGAGGCUAGUUUGCUUUGAAACCUCUUAUCUUUUUAAGCUUGAAGCCCUGAGGUGGGAAGGAAGAGACUUUUGCAGCAUGGGUGGGACAGCCGAUAAUGAAGAACAGCAUCCUGCUGAGCUCCGAACUUGGAGACCACUGGCAUCAUCACAACCAGCAGCUGGACCACUCCCUGCAGGAGAGGCUUGGUUUGUGGCUAGUCUGGCAACAUAACAAACAUGAUCAGGCAAAGCAGGGGCGUGUUCGGAUUGGAUCACACUGUAAUGUAGUUGAUUUUAACUCCACGUGUAAACAUGUAAAUUUGUAUUUCUGCAAAAGGAUUUAAUUGUUUAUAAUGUAACCUUGUCUAGGUCUUUGACUGGGCAGAGACUGUAUCACUAUAUACCCUUGACUAUUAACUGCAGGGGCACUGCAACUUCUCAAGACCCAUUUAGAAUAAGAAAAAGUUGCUUCAUGGAUACUCUUGCAGAAGGAAACAAAAGUACACCAUGUUCUUAUGUAAGCUUAAUGACUACUGCGGUUUUGUUCUUUUUUUUUAUAUUGAUUUGUAAACUUUAUGUUAUUGGCAACGGUGACAGCACCAUCCCCCUCAUUUUAAAGCACCUCUUAACUACAAUGGCUGUAACAAUAAUGACAGAAGCAGCUGCGUCUAUUCAUAUCUAAUCACUCAAACCAGAUGAACCUCAGUAAGGCUAUGCAGUGAAGACACAGUCGUGGAAUUUUAAAGAAAAUUAGUCUUAACAGCGUAGUCACCUGCUUAGUUCCUGUAGCUGGUUCACAUCCUGACUACUUUGCCAAUUUUUCAGUCUGGGGAAGAAAAAAAAAGUGACCUUUACCUUCUGAUGUUUCCUUGGCCUCAUGGCUGCUUUAAAAUGCAGCCAGAGAUACAAAUUCACAGCAAUAGUCUUGACCAUGUACCUUCUAGCUUCACACCUGGGGAGACCAACUGGAGUCUGUUCCAUUUCCAGAAUAUUUAUUCAGGGUUGAUAAAUAUUUGUUCAGAUUAGCCACAAGAUAGACUCAGCUCUUCCAAUCAACACCUCUUUGGUUUCUAUUCAUGACCACUCUCGGCACUGCUGUACCCCCUCAGCGUGCUGAGGCUUUGAUGUAAUGUGAAUAAUAUGCAGAAAACUGUGUGGAGCAUUCCAGUUAAUGCAGUUACACGUUUGUUGUGGGUGUUCUGUUGUGUGGUUACUUGCAUUGUUUUAAGUAUAUUGUCCUGAUAAUCAGCGUAGAAAGCUUAGUUAUGCUAUUUCAUACAGUCAUUCCUCAUUUUUAAGUUGAUUUAGAAUUCCCUCAGUGAUACUAACCUCAGUCACAACAGUUAGAAAUGGGUAUAAAAUAUACUGCUCGUUCACAUUCGGCACGGCUGACCUCGGUUUGGGCUUGCAGGGUAUGACAGCUUCCUUUUCUUGUUUCACCACAAGCAAAAUCUCAACUUGAUUAUGGAUCAUUGGCAUGGUUGUUAGCUGUUGUGAUGCGCAUUGGUAAUGUACUAAUCACUUCAUUCCGGUCACAUUGUCGAGCCCACCCCUGCAUUCUCUGGAGAAGCAAACUCAGGAAUACAUACUGCACACUUUGCAAAGGAUUGCUUCAGAAUAUCGCCAUGAAAUGCAAGAUUGAAUGUGUCAAUCUUUUGUUGGGCCAUUUUAAAGCGAUGCCCCCGUUUUACCUGCAGGCAUUGCAGUGUGUUUUGCUGUCAAAAUUGCACACACUUAGAUUUUUUCUGAUCGCCAUUGAGGCUGAUAAUUACUAAGCAAGUAUCGGGAAUGAUCAGAUACACGGAGCACAGAUUUUGCUCCGGCCUUCAGAUCAUCCUGUGUUUGAUGAGGGGUCCAGGACACAUCUACCCUUUCUCUUUGAUAUUGCUGUAUUUUGCAUGUCAAUAUAUCAGUGGGUAUUUUCCCCCCUAAGCUACAGAAGACAGAGUGAUUGGGUGGUUUAGACUAGAUGUAUCCAUUUUUUCAUGACUUGUUUACUUGUGGUUUCCUACUACGUGAGUGCACAGGGUAAUUCCCCACUGUGCACUAUUUACUGAAGCAGGUCAGAUGCUAUAAAUGAGACAUAUGGACUUAGAAAGGCGGCUUACCUGCUCAGAUUACCUUUCAAGGUGCCAGGAUUCCCAAGAAAAGCAGCAGUUCAGAUUUGUGUGCCAUCAGAACAAUUCUAAUCCUUCAACCUGACCUUUGGAAUAAUAGUGUAUUCAACUCUGUUGUAUACUGAAUAACAGCUUCUUAUACACCUAAACUAACAAAAAAAAAAAAAACAACCUUCUCAGCUUCGACAAGUGACAUAUUGGUCUGAGGACUGAACUAGCCUGAUACUGGGUUCUUUACCUUGCUUCAUUAACUGCGGUGGCCGGGUUAUAAAGUUAUGCACUCUUAGCAUGCUUUGGUCUGGUUUCAUUUUUUUUUUCCAUUGCAAGGGUGAUUUUGACCAUGUAAAAUAAUUUGUAAACUUGCAUCAAGUUUAUGAAUAAAGAAUUUUAUGAAAUAUC